AUGCCUCUCAAGAACGAUUCUUUCCCCUCCUCCGCCGCGUUCGACGCGAUCAACGAGACCCUGCAGGCCGACCAGGCUGAGAAGAAGAAUGCUAUUAACUCGGCCAAGGCCAUCGUUUCUUUCAACUUGAAGAACAAGGAUGGUGAGGAGAAGAGCUGGUACCUCGACUUGAAGAACAAGGGCGAGGUCGGUGAGGGCGCCGCUCCCCAGGGUGCUAAGGCGGAUGUCACCCUCUCUCUCUCGGAUACCGAUUUCGCUCAGCUCGUCUCCGGCAAGGCUAACGCCCAGCGCCUGUUCAUGGGGGGUAAGCUUAAGAUCAAGGGAAACAUUAUGAAGGCCACCAAGAUGGAGCCUAUUCUGAAGAAGGCUCAGGGCAAGGCCAAGCUGUAA